AUGCCUGCUAUGCUAGCAAUGAAAUCAGAGCUUGAUAGCAGUGGUCAAAGUCACUUAUACAAGUAUUGGGAUAAAUUGUCUCCUGGAGAAAAGGAGCAUUACCUUGGAGAACUGCUAACCCUUAAUCUAGAUCGGAUAAAUUCUGCAUACAAGCUGAAAGGAAAUUCCCAGUUUGUUGAUGAACGGCUCAUGUGUCCUGAUCCGUCGAUUUGUGGCCAUGAGGUCUCUCUCCGUACUUCGCAUCCUGAAGAAUAUGAUUUAUACAUAGAUAAAGGUAUUGGGGCGAUUUCUGAACGAAAAGUUGGGGUUGUUCUUUUGGCUGGUGGUCAGGGAACCCGACUUGGUUCGAGCAAUCCCAAGGGAAUGUAUGAUAUUGGACUUCCGUCACGAAGGAGUCUUUAUCAAAUUCAAGCAGAGCGUUUACUGGGCCUAUGUCGGCAGGUUUCGGUCAAAUUCGGCCAAGAAAUAUAUAUUCCCUGGUAUAUAAUGACGUCUGAUCACACUCGAAAACUUACAGAAAAAUUUUUUGAUGAAAACGGCUAUUUUGGUUACAGUCGUGAUCAUAUCAUUUUCUUUGAGCAACUUAACUUUCCAGCCUUGGACUUAAAUGGCAAAAUUCUUAUGAAAGAUAAGGCAUCUCUCUGUUGGUCUCCAGAGGGUAAUGGAGGCCUCUACCGAGCCCUUUCGGAGCGAGGAAUACUGCAGAAUAUGAAAACGCAGGGCAUUCAAUAUGUUCACAUCUAUGGAGUGGAUAACGUACUCAUCCAAAUGGCUGACCCAGCAUUCAUUGGCUUUUGUAUCGCAAGGAAUGCUGAUUGUGCAGUUAAGGUGGUCGAGAAAACCGACCCAAACGAACCCAUUGGUGUCGUUGGUAUGGUGGAUGGAAAACCUCGGGUAGUUGAAUACUCAGAAAUUUCUCCAUCCACGGCUGCGUUGAUGCUGCCCGUGCCACCGUGCCAUAUGGGCCAAUGCAAGGACGGAAGGGAUGGUCACUUGAAUUCAGUGAAGUCUCGCUUGCUCUACUCCCUGGGGAAUAUUUGCAACCACUUCAUGACCACUGACUUUCUGGAACAUGUUUGCGAUCCAAAACAGGAGGCCAUUUUGCCAUACCAUAUCGCGUACAAGAAGGUGACUUAUCUCGAUACGAGAACAGAUUGCUCAAUCAUGCCGACUCAGCCGAAUGCUCUCAAAUUAGAGAAAUUCAUUUUUGACGUGUUUCAAUUCUCAAAGCGCUUCUUCAUUUGGGAGGUUGAUCGAGCAACCGAGUUCUCGCCCCUAAAGAACGGUCCUGAGGCGCAAAAAGACUGCCCAAAGACAUGUCGUAAAUCCAUUCUUGACAUGCAUGCAUCGUGGGCCAAGGCGGCUGGCGCUGUAUUUACCGAUGACGCUCAGGAUGUCAUAGAGAUUUCUCCGCUGGUCAGCCUAAGAGGAGAGCUUUCUAUUGAGAAUGAGAGGUUCAACCUUCAAUUCCUUAAACAACGAGUAAAAGAUAUAUUCUAUCACAGUUAUGAUAACUAUAUGCGUCAUGCAUAUCCCUAUGAUGAACUGCGUCCGAUUUCUUGCGAUGGUCAUGACACUUGGGCAAGUGAAGUGGUUGGAGGGCUCCUUGCGGCGCAUUUGCUUGCUAAAAGGGCUGGAAUGGAUCUGGAACCUGGUUGGCCCUGUCAUGGCAGGUUGCUUUCUCUAGCCGAGCGUUUUGCAAGCAAACUCCUUCCUGCUUUCAACACCCCCACUGGGAUGCCAUAUGGUACCAUUAACUUAGCUCUUGGUGGAGUUCCUCCGAACGAAACUCCUGUUACUUGUGUUGCGACAGUUGGUACACUGAUUCUUGAAUUUGGUGCUCUUUCGAGAUUAACUGGUGAUCCUCGUUAUGAACAAGCAGCAAUGAAGGCUCUACGUGCCCUGUGGACAUUUAGGUCUUCAUUGGGACUUGUGGGAAACCAUAUCAACGUGCGCACUGGUACAUGGGUGGGGAAGGAGGCCACCAUUGGUUCUGGUGUGGAUUCAUAUUUUGAAUACCUCCUUAAGGGGUCCAUACUCUUUCGCCUCCCUGAACUUGAUGCAAUGUUUCGUGAAUAUCGUAGCGCAAUCAAGAAAUAUCUGAAAUUCGGGGGUUGGCAUGUCAUGGCCACCAUGGAUGCAGGAUCUGUAACCAGCGCUGUUUACCAAAGCUUGGAAUCGUUUUGGCCUGGCGUAUUGGCCAUGGCAGGUGAUAUUGAGGAGGCAAAGGAAUUGCUAAUUACUUACCACUCAGUCUGGAGAAGAUAUGGAUUUUUGCCUGAAAUGUUUGAUGUCCCGUCCAACAAACCGAUUGGUAGACAGAGCGUCUAUCCUCUUCGCCCUGAGUUUAUCGAGUCAGUAUUACAUCUGUACCUCGCCACAAAAGACCCUUACUUGCUAGAAAUGGGUGUUAAUGUUCUGACGUCCAUCGAGAGAGAUGCGAAGACACCGUGUGGAUUUGCUACGAUUCAUGAUGUCCAGACGCACACCAAAGAGAACAGAAUGGAAACUUUCUUCCUAUCGGAGACUGUAAAAUAUCUGUACCUUUUAUUCGAUGAGGACAACUUCUUACAUCGUACCCCCCUAUCUUCGGCUGACACGUUCCAAGCUGGAGAUGCCGAUGACUAUUGUACAGGUGGUAUGGGCUAUAUUUUCAAUUCCGAGGCUCAUCCACUUGACAGUGGUCUCAUUCAUUGCUGCUCUAUCCAACAUCUGCAAGAAUUGGAGGAGAUAAGCAGUGAGGAGUCCCUUCCUGUUGAUUUGGGCUUGCACAGAGAUCUUGGAACUCUCGUGAACAUAUCCACCUCCUUAAAUUCAUUGACGCAUGCCAUCCUUAGUGAGUUGGAUGUAACUUUUGAAGAAAUUUUGUCCCCAAGUGUCACGUGGACGGAGAAUCAGAAUACCAGUAAAGAAAUUGACACUUGGGUGGAAAAGUUGUGGAAAGAAAUGAGUGGAGCAGUUCUACUCUCAGGUGCCAUUCAAGACAAUGCCUCCACACCACCAAACUACGUUCCUCCAGAUAUGCUUCGAAAAUCCACGACGCCACUAAUGAGCUGCCCAACCGUGCCCUUCCACGUUCGUCUUAAUACAAUGCGAGACCUAGAUUACCGAAACCUCAAUUAA